AUGAAUGGAAGGUCAUGUGGCAUGAGUCUCCAUCGGCCAUCAAGAAACCCGCAGGGGCCUGGGUUGCUCAGUGGUCAACAUACUCCUCCUAUCAGAGCCCACUCGGGCACUCCGGGCUCCUCAUCCUUUGCCAGCCUACCCAGCCCCGCUAUUGGAAGUCUUGCUAAUAAUCUCCACCUCAGGAUGUCCUCCGGAGCAGGGAUGGCUGCUCAGAGCAACGUGGCUGUGAGCCCCAUCCAUCUGCCUGCCCUGAGCCCCAGGAGACAGUUACUCACCAAUGGGAAGCCUCAGUUUCCAGCCACUCAGGCCCGUGGCAUGGCUGCAUCUCUUACAGUAAAGCCCAAACAGCAAGAAUUUGGAGACCCCUUUUCUCCAAAUCCCGAGAAAGGGGCUCUUGGCUUUGGGCCUCAGUGCAAGUCCAUUGGAAAAGGCAGCUGCAACAAUCUAGUGGUCACCAGCAGUCCCAUGAUGGUUCAGCGACUGGGACCCAUUUCACCUCCAGCAAGCCAGGUCUCCACAGCAUGCAAGCAGAUCAGUCCUAGCUUACCGAGGGCACUGAAUGCAGCCAACCUGAAUAGACCUCCUUCAGAUUCCAGGUCCCUUAUUCUGCAAGAGUCCCUGGUGUCCACGACUUUGAGUCUGGCAGAGACUCCAUCGGCCUUGAGUGUGAAGCAGGAGUGGUCUCAGAGCUACAGGGCUUUUCCUUCACUGUCAUCGAACCAUGGCUCUCAGAAUGGCAUGGACCUAGGGGACCUUCUGAGCUUGCCUCCUGGCACGCCGGGGUCCAGUAAUAGCGUCUCUAACUCCUUGCCACCUUAUCUUUUUGGCAUGGAAAAUAGCCACUCUCCUUACCCUGGUCCUCGGCACUCAGCAACCAGGUCCCAUUCCACCCGCUCCAAGAAGAGAGCGCUGUCCCUGUCCCCGCUGUCUGAUGGCAUUGGGAUUGACUUCAAUACUAUCAUCCGCACUUCGCCGACUUCCUUGGUUGCCUACAUCAACGGAUCAAGAGCCUCCCCUGCCAGCGUGUCCCCACAGUCGGAGGUCUAUGGGCAUUUCCUGGGUGUUCGCGGCAGCUGCAUUCCCCAGUCUUGUGCAGUGUCCAGUGGGCAGAAAGGCGUGCUGGUGGCCAGCGGAGGACAGGUGCUGCCAGGCUAUGGCGAGGAUGGGACCCUGGAGUACGAGCGCAUGCAGCAGCUGGAGCAUGGUGGCCUGCAGUCUGGACCUGUGAACAGUGUGGCGCUGCAGCCGGGCCUCCCGGGCCAGGAUGGGUCAGCCAACAUGCUCAAAACCGAGCGCCUGGAGGAGUUCCCAGGCAGUGCGUUGGACCUGCCCUCUGCGCAGCCUCUCCCUCCUCUUCCCCCGCCUCAGGGCCCCCCACCCCCAUACCAUGCCCACCCACACCUUCAUCACCCAGAGCUCCUGCCCCAUACACAGCCACUGGCCCUGGCCCAGGCUGGCCUGGAUGAGGAUGGGGAGAUGGAGGACUCAGGGGGCAAGCACUGCUGCCGUUGGAUAGACUGCAGCGCCCUGUAUGACCAGCAGGAGGAACUGGUGAGGCACAUCGAGAAGGUCCACAUAGACCAGCGCAAGGGGGAAGACUUCACCUGCUUCUGGACUGGCUGCCCAAGGAGGUACAAGCCCUUCAACGCCCGCUAUAAACUGCUGAUCCACAUGAGGGUCCACUCGGGUGAGAAGCCCAACAAGUGUACGUUUGAAGGGUGCAAGAAGGCCUUUUCAAGACUUGAGAACCUCAAGAUUCAUUUGCGGAGCCACACGGGGGAGAAGCCAUACCUGUGCCAGCACCCGGGCUGCCAGAAGGCUUUCAGCAACUCCAGUGACCGUGCCAAGCACCAGAGGACACAUCUUGACACUAAACCUUAUGCUUGUCAAAUUCCAGGAUGUACAAAACGCUACACCGAUCCAAGUUCCCUAAGAAAGCAUGUGAAAGCGCAUUCUUCCAAAGAACAACAGGCAAGGAAAAAGCUGCGGUCUAGCACUGAGCUCCAUCCAGAUCUCCUCACCGACUGUCUCGCUGUGCAGCCUCUGCAGCCAGCCACUUCCCCCAGAGACACUGAUGGCGCCGUGGUACGCUCCCCAGGGCCAGGGCCUGGGCCUGAACUCUAUCCAGCUCCCAUUUUCGCCAGCAGUCAUUCAAGCCGAAGUGGAACAGCUGCUGGGGCCGUGCCACCCCCACAUCCUGUCAGUCACCCUUCUCCGGGACAUAAUGUACAGGGGAGCCCCCACCACCCCUCCUCCCAGUUACCUCCACUCGCAGCUGUGGACGCAGGCACCGAGAGGUUUGCACCUCCGACUCCAUCUCCUCAGCACAUGAGCCCAGGAAGAGUCCCAGCUCCUCCAUCGCUGCUGCAGAGAGCACAGCCUCCCCACACCCAGCAGCCACCAGGCUCACUCCUGAAGUCCUAUCAGCCAGAAACAAACCCUGCUUUUCAGUCGAAUGGUAUCCACGUCCAUGGAUUUUAUGGCCAGUUGCAGACAUUCUGCCCCCCACAUUACCCGGAUUCUCAGAGAACUCUGCCACCCAGCAGCUCCUGCAGUAUGGUGCCUGCCUUUGAGGACUGCCUGGUCCCUACGUCCAUGGGUCAGACCGGCUUUGAUGUUUUCCACAGAGCCUUCUCAACACACUCAGGCAUUACAGUGUACGAUUUGCCUUCAGCUUCCUCCAGCCUCUUUGGAGAAUCUCUCCGCAGUGGCCCCGAAGAUCCCGCAUUCUUGCAGCUCAGCGCUGUGGACCGCUGUCCUAGCCAGCUGUCCUCCGUGUAUACCGAAGGCUAAAAGGCUCCGCAGGUCUCUCCUGCCCAUCCAGGACCUUUGAGUCGCUCGUCCCCUCUUACUUUCAUACACUCACAAGAUGUGUGAGGGAUGUCAACCAAAUCUGUGGAGCCAGUAGGGUCACGUGGUCUCUGGAAGGCGGGACUGGAUGGUCGGUUCUGACUUUUCAGAAAUGCCUGCGCCUCUUCCAUUUUCCCUCAGUUUGCUGGGCCAGGUGACAAGCAGGAAUUUCUUUUCAAAGGGAAUUUAGAGUCUCACUUUAAAGAUACCUGUCACUUCCUGCCUGUCAGCUCUCAGAAGACACCAAUGAAUGUGUCCAUGAAUGGGAUGACCCUUGCUGAAGGCUCGAAAGCGGGGAAGACUGCCCAGUCCCCAGAGGCCGGAUGUGCCACCUCGCCCUGUUUUCCCUCCUGGCUGAGUGACGCACAGUCGUGGACAGUGAGGGAAAUGCACGUCCAAAGCAGGUGUGGCUUAGACUCUCUCAAACUCUGGCUUCAACAUUUGUCUUACAUAGCCCAUGCUAACUAUUUGCUCCUCAGUUGCUCCCCCAGUGGCAAAAUAAGGGUUUAUGUUCGCCAGCCUACUUUGUUUUUGAACUUUAAAGACUUGCUUUUCACAUCUACUUUUAAAGGAAAAAUAUUUAAAGGUUUGUUCAUUUGUUAUAAGUCAGUACCCUUUUAAUCACCCCAGCUGCGUGUAUUUUAGCACAGCCGUAACUCUU